AACGAAGUAACGAACGAUUCGUUGUCCGAAUUUUGUAAAAUCCCCUCUAAUCUAACGGAAUCACAAAUAUGCCAUUUGGCGACCGGAAGCACCGCCGGAGCCCUAAGGCGGCCCCGCUCCUCGCCCAGAAGGCCGACGAUUUGGAGCACGCUGAAGGGGGAUUCGAUGGCGCUUCAUACUCUGGAGCCGUCUUCAACCUCUCAACCACCAUAGUUGGAGCCGGAAUCAUGGCCCUUCCGGCGACGCUCAAGCAGCUGGGCACGAUUCCGGGUCUAAUCGUCAUCGUUCUCGCCUCGGUUCUAACGGAGAAGUCGAUUAACAUCUUACUCAGAUUCAGUAAGGCCUCCAAGACCCUCUCGUACUCUGGUCUAGCUGGCGACACAUUCGGUGGCUUUGCGCGGACUCUCUUGCAGGUCUGCAUUGUGAUUAACAAUGUCGGAACCCUGGUCGUGUACAUGAUCAUCAUUGGAGAUGUCCUAUCUGGGAUUUGGUCAGACGGGGUGCACCAUUUGGGUGUAAUGGAAGAAUGGUUUGGUCAACAUUGGUGGACGAGACGUUCUUCCUUGAUGCUCUUUACUAGUCUCUUUGUUUUCGCACCACUCAUUUCAUUCAAACGUGUAGAUUCUUUGAGAUAUACAUCGGCCUUGUCAGUGGCUUUAGCUGUUGUUUUCGUGGCGAUAACUGCUGGUGUGGUAAUUGUUAAGACGAUAAAUGGUAGCAUUCAAAUGCCACGCUUGAUGCCUCACCUUGUUGAUCAGGCAUCAUUUUGGAAACUUUUCACAGUCGUUCCUGUCUUGGUCACUGCCUACAUAUGCCAUCACAACAUCCAUCCUAUUGAGAAUGAACUAAAAGAUCCGAACCAGAUGAAGUCAAUAGUUCACACAUCAAUUACAUUUUGUACCUGUGUCUACAUAGCAACUAGCUUUUUUGGAUUCCUUCUCUUUGGUGAUCAUACACUGGAUGAUGUGCUUGCCAACUUUGAUGGAGAUCUUAAGAUCCCUUUCAGCUCAAUGCUUGAUGAUGUGGUGAGAGUAAGCUAUGUAAUUCACUUGAUGCUUGUGUUUCCAAUUGUCUUCUUUUCCCUCCGUCUCAACGUUGAUGGACUUCUGUUCCCGUAUUCGAUUCCUAUUGCAUUUGACAACCGGAGAUUCUUUACUCUCACGACAGCUCUCAUGUGUUUCAUAUUCUUGGGAGCAAAUUGUGUGCCGAGCAUUUGGGAUGCUUUUCAAUUUACAGGUGCCACUGCUACUGUCACUGUUGGCUUCAUUUUUCCAGCUGCCAUUGCCCUUAGGGAUCCUCAUGGAAUUGCAACCAAGAACGACAAGCUAAUGGCUUGGGUCAUGAUACUUAUAGCCGUGUUCUCAAGCACCGUUGCCAUCUGCAGCGACUUGUACAACAUUUUUAUUAGUGAUGGGACUUGAAACGAGUUGAGAUGGCAAACAGUAAAGGCGCUUUGACUCAGAAAACUCAGCUCUUCAUUGAUUUAUAUAUAGCUUCCUUAGUCCUCACUGGUACUUAACUAUAACUACAUUUAACUUAUCAAAGUAAGACAACACACUUUUCAUUUAUAGACCAUGAUAUUUACUAUUUAGGAUUCAAUUACAAAAGCUUUUAGCCACAUUUGUGGGAGAAUACUGUCUUAGAAUUCCAAAGUUUUCAGUGUAAUAUCGUUAUGUAUAUUUAUACAUGCACUUGAGUCACUACAGUGGAUUUGAGUUUCUUGUUGUUGUGUUCUGUUUCUCAGUACAUGAAGGGAGAUAUUAUUGUAGAGAAAAUGCAGACAGACAAUGCCACAUUGUUUGUAAUUGAAGUUUUACAUUAUUGUAUGUACAAAAUAUUACUCAG